UUGCGCGCGCACUCCGCAUCUGAUAGACGCGCGCCGUCGUAUCGCGUUUUUAUUCAUAGAACUUGGAUAUUUACUACACAUCCAAAUAGAAAGGUGACAUAAAUGUGCUUUAAUUGACAUAUGCACGGCCAGAUUGCGCAAAUGCCCCACUGGAGCCAAACCCUGCUGCUAUGGAGACUGAGCGCGCAUCCGUUCCUCUGAGGACCGAACGAUGCGCUUCACCCUUCAGACGGUAAACACACACGGUUGUGCAUCAGUGUGUCUUCCUUAAGGCAAAAGCGACUCUUUUCUAAAGGAUGGGGUACUCAGACCCGACAGCUAGUCGAGAUUUGUUAGGAAACAGAUCGCUUUGUUUUAUUUUUAUAUGCGCUUUUGGACUGGUCACGUUACUGCAGCAAAUCCUCUAUGGAAAAAACUAUAUUAAAAGCGGGCAACAGUUUUCCCGCCUCAAAGGAGAGGAGGUGGGCAACUGGAGCGGGCUCAUUAGUUACCCCGAUGAUGGAGGGAUGAAGCCGGCAAGAAAUGGGAGGAAAAGAUGUGUCCGUCAGAAUUUUCAGCACUCCGAGGCUCAGAGCUCCAUAGUUAUCACACCCUGCCUAGCCGAUAUUCAGAGGAAAAAAAAAGAAAAGAGAAGGUAUCUCGAACGCUUGGAUGGCUCUUUGGAGUUCAAUUCCUCUUCCUGCAAGGAACUACGGCAAGAAAUCACAGAUGUGAAAGUAUUGACCAUGGUCAAGACAUCAGAAUUGUUUGAAAGAUGGAGGAACCUACAGGCGUGUAAGUGGGACCAAAAUAAGGAGGAGACAGACAACUUUAAGAUGUCUCUGUCACGUUGCUGCAAUGCCCCCUCCUUCCUGUUUACCACGAAGAGAAAUACACCCUCAGGGACUAAACUGAGAUAUGAGGUUGAUUCAAGUGGAAUCUUACACAUCAGCCCUGAGAUUUUUAAAAUGUUCCCCAAUGAUAUGCCCUAUUCCAAAUCCCAGUUCAAGAAAUGUGCUGUCAUCGGGAACGGAGGUAUCAUCAAAAACAGUAAAUGUGGACGAGAGAUCGAUGCAGCUGACUUUGUCUUCCGAUGUAAUAUUCCUCCCAUCUCAGAUAUGUACAGUGAAGAUGUGGGAUCUAAGACUGAUCUUGUUACCAUCAAUCCCAGCAUUAUUACUGAGAGGUUUCAAAAGUUGGAGAAAUGGAGGAAGCCGUUUUAUGAAGUUCUCCAGAAUUACGAGAACUCGUCUGUGGUUUUACCCGCAUUCUAUAACACACGAAACACGGAUGUGUCAUUCCGUGUCAAAUACAUGCUCGAUGACUUUGAGUCCGCACGUGGCGUGUACUUCUUCCACCCGCAGUAUCUGCUGAACGUGCAACGUUUCUGGGCCGUGCAGGGCGUGCGCGCCAAACGACUCAGCAGCGGUCUGAUGCUGGUUACAGCAGCGAUGGAGUUAUGCGAAGAAGUGCAUCUCUAUGGCUUCUGGGCGUUUCCCAUGAAUCCUUCGGGAAUCUUCAUAACGCACCAUUACUAUGACAACGUCAAGCCCCGCCCUGGAUUCCACGCCAUGCCAUAUGAGAUCUUUAAUUUUAUGCAUAUGCACGCUCGCGGCAUCGUGCACGUGCACACGGGCCCCUGCAGGUGAAAUACCGAAGCAUAGGUGCCGAUCUUUGACCUGCAAUCCGACUAGACUGUUAUGUAGAGCUCCCACCAUUUACUGCCACUGUGGAUCUCGGACGUUACACGUGUGUGUGAGCACGUGCAAAUUGUUGCCUUAAAGGCCGGACGUGUGAAUACUAUGUGUUUUUACAUUAUUGUGUCGGGACAGUAGCAAAACGGUACUUGUUUGCUGUUUCGUGAUUGUCUGUAAUGCUGUCGUCUUUGUGUAUCAAAUCAGAUAUCAGAUAUUUUAAACAAUUUGAGAGUGUCUUUGUAACACCUGUGUCCUAACCAGGUGACACACAAUAAAGCGAUAAAUCUUAUCUCUUCCAUGUAAAUCUGAGAUUGUCGCAACCAGCCAUAACUGCGACAAGACUUUUUGUUGUUUGUUUGGUUUCAAUUUCCGUGGUGUUGCAGUGGGUAGCCACCCGAAAUCUCAAAAAUCCAAAGUCCCGCUCCAAUGCAAAUAUGUUCUGAUUGGCUGCGAUUGUGUUGGCUGUACUUUGUAAUGUGAAUACAAAGUAAAUAUUGACUGUAAUCCAAUUACCUCACAAGUCAAAAAGUAGUUUAUUCUUGUAAUCAGAUUACAGUUACUGAUUUUCAGUGAAGUUAAUUACUACUAAUUACAUUUCUUGGGUUACACAUGUCUCUAAAAUAAUAUUUUAAGUUCAAGAGUGAGAAAAACAACCAUUUUAUGAAAAGUGUUUCAGAAAUUAAAGUAAUUAGCAAUGUGAUUACUGUUUCAACAAAGUAAUCAGUAAUCUUAUUUCAAACCAGUAAUUUGUAGUGGAUUACUAUUUUUGAGUAACUUACCCAACACUGGUGGCGUAAUGUGGAAUUUCACUUUCAGAAAUCAAA